AGCAAACAGAAGCAGCCAAACAAAUAACCAGCGGCCAACUAGUCGAAUACUUAACGUCAGCAGCCAUGAAACGGACGUACUUGUUGCUCUGCCUGAGCCUGCUGACCUGCAAUGUGGCCAACUCGGCCUUCCUGCGCCCCCUCGAUUUGAGCCAACUGACCAAAUCCUCCAGCAUUCAACAGCAUCAACAGCAGCAGCAGCAUCAACAGCAGCAGCAACUGCUCAACCGAGAUGAUGGCGGUGAGGAUGACGAUGAUGCCACCACUCUGUCACCCAACUCCAGUGAGGAUUACGACACCCGUCCCCAGUACAGUUUCGCCUACGAUGUGCGGGACUCGCUCACCGGCGACGACAAGCGGCAGGAGGAAAAGCGGGAUGGCGACCUGGUCAAGGGUCAGUACUCCCUGAUCGAGCCCGACGGCACUCGGCGCAUUGUGGAGUACACGGCCGACGAUGUGAGUGGCUUCAAUGCCAUCGUGUCCAAGCAGCGUCUGGAUGAGCAGAGGCUCUCCGCCUCGACCUCCUCUUCCACAUCCUCACGUUUCAACAGCCUGGAGGAGCUGCAGACCCGUCUCACUGCCCAGGCCAUAGCGGAGGCUCAGUCCUUGGCCGAGGCCCAGCAGGCCAGUCAACUGCAGCUGGAGGCCCAGAGUCGUCGGGAGUCGGAGAACCAGGCGCGCAACCAGGCCCAGCAGCUGAUGGAGCAGUUCCAACAGCAGGUGCAGCAGCAGGAGCAGCAGCGGCAACAGCAGGAGCAGCAGCUGAGGGAUCUGCAGCGUCUCCAGGAGCAGCGUGAUCGGGAGGAGCGUGAAAGGGAGCAGCGUGAAAGAGAGCAACGCGAAAGGGAGCAACGCGAAAGAGAGCAGCGGGAACGGGAGCUGCGAGAAAGGGAGCAGCGGGAUCGCGAGGAUCGCCGCCAGCAGGCAGAGCGCCGGCAGAGCCAGAACCAGCGAUUGAUUGACCAGCAGACCCUGCUCCUGGCUCAAAGCCUGCCCAGCAUUCAGGCCACCGUGGUCUCCCAUCCGCCCACACUGUUGACCUCCCGCCUGCCCAGCGCCACCAGAACCACAACUUUGCUGACCAGGGAACGCGAUCUGGAGGCCUGGCGUCAGCUGCCCAAUGCACGCCUCACCCUCGAUCGCAGUAGCCAGAACCUGAUCCUCAGCCAGCCCUCGAGUGCCAGCGUGCAGGCCCAGCUGAUCAGUUCACCACUGAUUUUGGAGGCAGGAAACCUGAACGGGCUGAUCACCACCCGGCUGAAUGGCAAUGCUGCCCGCGCUGGAGCCGCUCUAAGCUGGUCCAAUGGCCGCCGCCUGCUGAACAAUGAUCUCUGGCAGCUGGACAGGCUGGAUGAGCGCGAUGAUGGCCGCCGCGAUGGCGACGAUCUCCGCUCCACCAGUACCAGUGCCGAAAGGCGCUCCAAGAACUGGUAGAUCCGCGACAUGUGACCAAAACAAGCCCAAACUUCAACUGAACUCAAACGAAAGUCAACCAGCGACCUCAGCGAUCUGCCAACCGGACCACGAAUAUGCCUAGACCCUAAGAACUAGAUCGAAUCUAGUGUUUACCUAGCCUAGAAUCGGGAUUUUGGUGACAUUUCUCUCAGCUUUUUGUUAAACUAACGCAUACAGCUUACAGCAUACAGCAAACUUUGCCAAGAACUUAACCCAAGCUCUAACGCUUUCUUUUUUCACUGCUUUAGCUAACUUUAGCCAUAAGUUUAAUUGUCUUCGUGUUACUUUAUAGUUAGACAACUGCAUCAAUGUGAAAACGUAAAAAAAAACUAAACAGAAUACAGAAUACAGAAUGAAGGC